AUGUCCGCUGAAACUGUGACUACGACCGCCCCUAUAACUGAAACUAUUGUUGUGCCAGCUGUUCCAGCUCCCUCCGCCGUCGAUGCCCAGCUCGACGAGUCCCCAAGGCCCGACGUCGACCCCAACACGACGAUUUUCAUAGGGAAUCUCACUGGCGACUGCUCCGAAGACGAUCUCAAACAGGUGUUUGGCUUGGACGUGGACGUGGAAAUCCCCUCCAACAAGACGGGCAAGUUCUACAAGCAGAGGUACGCGUUUGUCAAGUUCCCUGUCAAAAUCGACUUUGACGCAGUCAAAGAAAAAUACGAUAAAACCGUGGUGAAGGAUAGAGCCAUCUACAUCCGGCAGGCCCUGACCAGGGAACAAAGAGAUCAACAGAAACAACAAAAAAGGGGUGGGUUGAACGCGAGGGGGACCAGUAGUCGCCGGGGCAAAAAGUUUGUUCGGGGCCAGGCUGUUCCUGCGCCCCCGCAGAGAGAAAAGGUCCCGUUAGACCAGAUGCAGAGAUCUUUCGACACGUUGUACGUCAAUAAUAUCCCCUAUUACGCGACCAAGGAGGAGAUCGCAGAGUUCUUUGGCACCAAGGCAGAACUUAUUGUUUUGCCCAUGAGACGUAUGCGUGACACCGUUUCGAACCGGUAUUUCUACUCCAAGUCGAUGAAUCGGGGUAUCGCCUUUGUCGCCUUCGAAGGCAUGAGCGAGGGCGAUGACGCCAUCACCAGGAAAAUGGAAGAGUUCCAGUCCAAGACUUUGAAGGACAGAGAAAUCACCGUAGAUGUUGCGGCUACUAAACCUGAGUCCGACGACCAGCUCGGUGCAGCCGCCGCUGACACUGCGGGUAAUUUGAGUAUUAGCAAUGCGUCUCACCCACACUGA